AUUAAAAGUUGUUAAACGUGCUGGUAUUUCUAAUUGCAGAAGAAGAAGAAGAACACACUUUCUAGUAGGGCAAAAACACAAGUGUGUCUGUUGUUGUUUUUCUACCCUUUCAGGGGUAAACAGACAGGACACCGAGGUCGACAGAUGUUUGUUAUACUUUAGCUGCAGAGCCGGUUUGGAGCCUAAGGCCUGCAGAAAAAAGUGACACAGAAUGACCAGAUCCUGCCCCCGACCCCUCAUUUGGUUUUUGUUCUACUGCAACGGCUCUAUUUACCAUUGGCAUAGUCAUCACAUCUGAGGGGGGUGACGCCCGUGGGAAAACAGGCAGAGGGGCAAAGGGAGGUCAGGCUGGCGGACAGUAUGAGGAGGGGAAGCGAAGGAGGCGCUGAAAGCAGAGCUGUGAUGUGCAGACGGCAGCGAAUCACAUGAGCAGGGAUCUGUUUACAAACUGAUCACUGAAGACGAGAGCAGCAGCCGAGAGGGGAGAGAGGAGUGACUCUGAGGAGGAGGAGCAGACAACACUGCAGGAGGAGAAGGGGACAGAGUAGAGAUGAGAAAGACUGCUGCUGCUGCUGCUGCUGCUCCUGCUGCUGCUGCUGCUCACAGGGACAACUCCAUGCGCUCCUCCUUUGUGUCUCCACAACCAGCCCAGGAGCAGGGGACAGUUUGAAAAAGUCUGAGAAAACAGAAGAAAGAAAACAAACUUUAUUUACUGCACUUCACUGUGCAGUCGGCUGGUCUUGGGAUUAUCCUUCCUCAUUUUUGGAUUAUAUAUCCUCAUCCUCUCAAGGUAUUUUUUUUCUUUUCCUCUGAUCAGGACCAAUCAUUCUUGCUCCUGCAGUGGGAGAUGAGAAGUUGACCUCAUGCCCUUCACCUGGACGUCCGUCAGUCAUCACCAAAGACAGGACUGUCAUCAGUGUUCAGCCGAGCAGCUGCUUUACUUUUCCUCCUCGGCGUUGAGAUGACAUCUGCCUGAAGAAAAAGAAAAAGAAGAAGAAGAAGAAGAAGUCUCAGACCUCCAGACCUUCAGUCGUCGUCUACCACUGAAGUAUUUAUCUCGUGCACAGAAGCUGCUGGUUGUUCUGCACCGUGGGGGAAAAUAAACUGCAGAAAAACAAGUUAUAAACAAUUCAGACUUUGUGGCAUCGCAGCGCUCACUCACAGAACGUCUGGGUUUCCAAACGUGGAUGCAGCCCUGUAGAUGGUGCUACAGUGAAACUCGCUGCAAGAGCCUGUGUGACCUUCGAUAGAGGAACAUCCGAAUUCCACGGCAACAUGUCUUCGGAGACCCCCUUCAACCUGCCGAUCAACGUCUACAUCAUCAUCCUGGGCAUCGGCCUCUUCAUCUUCAUGCUCAGCUUCAUCUUCUGCUGCUACCGCUUCAGGCUAAGGAGACGAGACGAACAAGGACAAUUUGGGUACAACAAGGUUGUCUUGAAAGGAGCAGGAAAGAAACUCAGCCUCCUGGGUCAAACCUGUGCAGUGUGUUUGGAAGAGUUCUGCAGCAGAGAUGAACUCGGGGUGUGUCCAUGUUCACAUGCUUUUCACAGGAAGUGUCUGCUGAAAUGGUUAGAGGUCCGCAGCGUCUGCCCCAUGUGCAACAAGUCCAUUUGUCGCCUCCAGCCUGACUGCCCACCACCAGAACAGGCAAAUCCACAGAACCUGAUGGGGGUCUGAGUCUGGAGCCAACAUCUCUGAACACUCCACGCUUGCCUUCAGGUGGAUACCUGUCAGUGCAGACGGUCCUGUUUGGAUGUGCAAACGACUGUAUAUGAAGUCAAAUAUUUUUUUAAGGCAGAGUGAGCACAUAAGAAGAUUGUUUUUGAAUAUAUCUGAGGAGCUUAGGGUAGAGUUUGUACCGUUCAAAGUUUACUGAAGGGAUGGCCUCAACGGCGCUUUAUGCUAAUGCACUAGUGCGCUGUUGGGGCUGUUACUGGUUUAGUUCCCUUCACAGGAUGUGACAUUUACACUGGAUCGAUUUAAGAGACAAUCCAGACAUGAACUAUGAACUGAAAAAGAGUUGGUUCUGUUGUAGAACAGUGUCAAGGCCAGAUGUGGUCAAAACAGCAGGUAAUGCGUUCUGGCUUGGGGACCAGUGCUGGUCCGUAGGUCAUUUGGUCUUGGCCGCAGUGGUACACAGUGAAAAACUGUACUUUAGUUUUACUAAUUUACUUCAUUCGAAAGAAUCCAGUCAUAUCGCUUUACUUUGUUCAUUCAAAGAUAUCUGUCAACAAAACAACAGGUCAAAGGUCAUUCAGACUCUGAUGCUAACAGAAAAAAUCUAAACGAUUUUUUUUUUCCAAAAAUGUAAUAAGGCAUUGAUUUUGAAAACCAUACUUCUAACUAAGACCAAGACAAGGAAGUGGUUUCACAGCAGGCCUUCAUAUGUGUAUAUGCUUUUAUAACUCACAGGGGGAAAUGAAGGUACUCGUCAACACUUCUGUUCAUAUCAAAAAUGAAACUACAAAAACCCGUGUUCACCUCACGUUUCAACAGAUCAGCGAAAGAGUUUUGUUUGAUUUUUGACUUUGUACUCUCCCCCUCUCGUGAGGAGGAUACACGUCGGGUUCAGUCUGCUGCUCAAAUGUUUUCCUACAAAUUUACAUGGACAUGGACUAUGAGGCGGAGCGGGGAAUAACAUGUUUAAAUCAGAUUUGAAUAAAGAAUGAAUUUCUAUA